AUGCGUGAAGUGUGGCUAAGAAGAAAUAAAUUUGUUUUCCAAAGAGGUUUUAUUCCUCCAGAGCAACCUGUCUUGAGAGCCAAGUCUACAGCUUCUGGUUUUCAAGACGCUUUGCAAAAGGAACCUAGCUCCAAUGGGAUAGUGGGUCGAACUCUCCCUAAAUGGCAGGUUCCUGCUGGAGGGUGGUUGAAGUUAAAUUGGGAUGCAGCUCUUAACAUGCAGUCUAAGAAAAUGGGUAUCGGGAUAGUUGUGCGGAAUGAGAAAGGGGAGUUUGUCGCAGCUAUGGCAAGAGUUCUCCCCUCUAUCAACGACCCUACUGUAGCUGAAGCCUUAGCAGCAUGGCAUGCUGUUACUCUGGUGUUGAUAAGGGAUUUCAAAAAAUCGUGUUGGAGGGGGACUCUCAAGUAG